UGUUUUCUAGAUAUUUCCCUGUCAUAGUAUUUUUUGCUCUUGAUUAAUUUAAAAAUCCUCCCGAAUUAUUUAGAAUCUGUCAUUAAAUUCGACGCAGAAUGUCGGUGCGACAUGACUGGUACCAAUCGGAGACCAAGGUGGUCAUAACAGUUCUGCUGAAGGGAGCCACAGACAAAAAUUACGUCGUUAACAUUGAGCCGCAAAAAGUCCAAAUGACUGCAGAUGGCUAUGAGCUGCUGCUCCAACUGCUCCAUCCCAUUAAUGUGGAGCGCUCCUCACACAAGGCCUAUGCCACCAAGGUGGAAAUAACAUUGGCCAAAGAGACGGGCGUUCGCUGGGAAAGCCUCGAGCAAAAGGCAGAUGUCGCAGCACUGCCGACCCUGCAGGCAAAAAACUGGGAUCGUUUGGUCAGCGAGGAGGAGAAAAAUGACGAGAUGUCGGCCAAGGGGGAGGCGGCCUUGAAUCAUCUAUUCAAAAAAAUCUACAGCACAUCCACACCGGAAGUGCAGAAGGCCAUGAAUAAAUCAUUCUCAGAAUCCGGUGGCACUGUGCUGAGCACCAACUGGAACGAGGUGUCCAAAGAGACGGUGACCGUUAAGCCGCCCGAAGGCACCGAAUUCCGCCAAUGGGACAAAUAAAGAAGAAGAUGCGAAAGAGAGAGCAAAGAGAACCGCAUAAAUGCAUCGAUGCGUGGAACUUACACAACACUAAACAUUAAGAAGCACACAAAAUAAAUAUACAGCAGACAGCAAGUAAAAGAAAAAAUGUUGAUUCUAACAUAAUAAUAAAAACUAAUUAAUUUUAAAU